UACACUUCCUUGACGACGACGCUUCCGCCGAUCACGUGGUUCGAGCGGGUGAGCAUGCUGGUGAUCCUGCUCAACUGCGUCACCCUCGGCAUGUACCAGCCGUGCGCGGACGACGGCUGCCACUCGGCGCGAUGCCGCCUGCUGCAGGUGUUCGACGACCUGAUAUUCGCCUUCUUCGCCAUCGAGAUGACCAUCAAGGUACUCGCCAUGGGGCUGCUGGGACGCAACGCGUACCUGGCCGAGGCCUGGAACCGCCUGGACUUCUUCAUCGUCGUCGCCGGUGCCCUGGAGUACGUGUUGGACGUAGGUAACAUCAACCUGUCGGCGAUCCGCACCAUCCGCGUGCUGCGACCCCUGCGAGCCAUCAACCGCAUUCCGAGCAUGCGCAUACUGGUGAUGCUGCUGCUGGACACGCUGCCCAUGUUGGGCAACGUGCUGCUCCUGUGUUUCUUCGUCUUCUUCAUCUUCGGCAUCGUCGGGGUCCAGCUGUGGGCGGGCCUGCUGCGGCAGCGAUGCUACCUCGUGCUGCCCGACGACAACAUCUCCAUACCGAGUCCAAUCUCGUCGUACUACCAGGGGCUGGACGCCGAGAAGGACUUCAUCUGCAGCACGGAAAAGGACAACGGAAUGCACCGGUGCAGCGGCCUGCCCCAGCUCGUUCUGCCCUCGGGGCUGACGUGCAACGCGACGGCUCAGCCGCACAGCGCCAACGCACCCACCAACGUGUCCUGCGUCAACUGGAACCAGUACUACACCAAUUGCACGGCGGGAGACAAGAACCCCUUCCAGGGGUCCAUCUCCUUCGACAAUAUCGGCCUAGCCUGGGUCGCCAUCUUCUUGGUGAUCAGCCUGGAGGGCUGGUCCGACAUAAUGUACUAUGUACAGGACGCACAUUCCUUCUGGGACUGGAUCUACUUUGUGCUGCUCAUUGUGAUCGGAUCCUUCUUCAUGAUCAACCUGUGCCUGGUCGUCAUCGCGACGCAGUUCUCGGAGACCAAGAAACGCGAGAUGGAGCGCAUGCGCCUGGAGCGGGCCCGCUACCACUCGAGCUCGACGCUGGCCUCGACGUCCGUCUCCGACUCCGGCUGCUACACGCAGAUCAUCAAGUACCUCACGCAUCUCGGAAGGAGGGCCAAGCGGAGGUUUCUACGGUGGUACAGGAGGCGGAAGCGUCGCCGGGCCCUCCCGCGCAGCCAUCCUGAAGCGCAGCUAGCGGGGCUGGAUGGUACCAUCUCUCCGGUAUCCGCCAUGCGGGUCCGCACCCACUCGUCUCGACACCGAGCAGACGACGGCUGCCCUCUGGACGAAUGCCGCAGUCACUGCUCGUCUGAGUCUGGCACCUCGUGCUCGUCUUCUCCGGCUUCGUCGGCGGCGGCGCUGCCGGCGCUGUUCGAGGAGGCAUGCGACGAGGCCGCAGCGACCGAGUGCUGCCACAUGCUGGCCGUGCCGCCACACGCCAGUCCCGAGGUCUCGGACGUCGACCUGGCCUCGUCGCCCAGGAGGCCCUCCUGCCUCAGGGUCAACGCCGGCAACUCCGGCAACGGCGCGCCAGGGCCGUGCACAACACCACCGGUGCUGAUCGAGCAGCCCGGCUCCACGAGAGCCUGCUCGGGGAAGAGCGUCUCCCUCCAAGCGCCGGUGACGCCCGAAGGCAGCAGCGAGCUGCGACCGCUCGGUUCUGUCGCCAGCGGUUCUUCGUCGUCCCACCACCUGCCGACGACCAGCGGGGGCGCCACGCUGACUUGCGCCGAGCUGCUCGCCUUCAGCGGGGCCCAGAGCGCCGCGCUGGCCGCGAGCUUUGCCAGCAACUUUGCCAUGCACCGGUUCUACUCUACACUCAGUAAAGGUACGAAGCAUUACUCAGCACCGCAGCUGACCUUCCAUUCCCACGGGGCAUCGCGUCACCGGCGCGCCAACGACUCCCCGCCCCCGUCGUCGGGUUCAUCGUCCGCAUCCUCCUCCUCCUCCUCGUCCUCGUGCUCGCGGCACCAUCACCACCGCCAUCGCCACCAUCAGCACGACGACGAGAACGCGUCGUACACGUCCUCGAGCGGUACGGAGGACGAGGAAGAGUCGUGGUACUCCGAGUACGAGGACGAGCUCUCCGGCAGCGGCACGGCCCGGGUUCGCUACAGGGGCCCCUGCUGCCGCUUCUGGAAAGCGCGCCAGGCCCAGCUCAGGCGCCUGGUGGGGCACCAGUACUUCCAGAGGGGUAUCCUCACGGCCAUCCUGGUCAACACGCUGAGCAUGGGCAUCGAAUACCAUGACCAGCCACAAGAACUGACCCUGGCUGUGGAAAUCAGCAACCUCAUCUUCACAGGCAUAUUUGGCCUGGAAAUGUUGCUCAAAAUUCUUGCUGAGGGAUUCCUCUCUUACAUCAGCAGCGGCUUCAACGUCUUCGAUGGUGUCAUUGUCAUCCUUAGCAUAGUGGAGCUCUGCCAGAGCAGUGGGAGUGGUCUCUCGGUGCUGCGGACGUUUCGACUUUUGCGGAUCCUCAAGCUUGUCCGGUUUAUGCCGGCGCUGCGACGACAACUCUUCAUCAUGCUGCGGACAAUGGACAACGUGGCCGUGUUCUUCGCUCUUCUGAUAUUGUUUAUUUUCAUCUUUAGCGUUCUGGGCAUGAACCUUUUCGGCUGCAAAUUCUGUGUCAAGGAACCUGAUGGGACCGUGCAGUGCGAUCGCAAGAACUUUGACUCCCUCCUCUGGGCACUAGUUACCGUUUUCCAGAUCCUGACUCAGGAGGACUGGAACGUUGUGCUGUUCAACGGCAUGGAGAAGACCUCUCCAUGGGCGGCCCUGUACUUUGUGGCGCUCAUGACGUUCGGGAACUAUGUCCUGUUCAAUCUUCUCGUUGCUAUCCUCGUCGAAGGAUUCUCAGCCGAGGGUGACCGCAAGAAGAGCACGGAGGCUUUAAAGGACACUGCUGACACAGAGGCAGACGGCGAUAAAAAGUGCGCCUCACAGGACGCUGAAGAUGACCCAAAGGACAACAUCAUGAAAGAGACGCGAAUGUUGUCCCAGCCUGCAGCGUGCGGUUGUAAGACAGAUGGAAAUGACGAGCCGGGACCCUUGCCAUACGUGCCACCCAUCAUCACAAGAACGGCAGCCACUCCCCAGGGAUCCCCAUGUGCAACUCUGGAGAUGCCUUUGCGGGAGUUUGGCAACAGACUGUCGCCACUUACAGCGUUGCAUGUGCUGCCUUCAUCGUCAUCUCACUCAUCUGAAGCAUCUGGACGAAUCACGCCCUCUCCGAUUCCAACACCGAGGCUUUCCCGCUCCCCGAGCAACCGCAGCUCAUCCAGUGGGACGGCCGCCACAGGGGCCGGGGCAGCUCUGUUGCCCGUGCCACGACCAGCCAGCGGCUUCAUCCGCAACGACGUACCCAGCCCGAGCAAUGGGCGUCGUCGGAGGCGCAGCUGCGUUAGUCCAGCCCCACCCUUGGCACGCAGGGGUUCCCCUCCACCGUCGCCUCCCGGCAGCCCCCUAAUCAAACUCCACCGCCAGGGAAGCGGGGCAGCGAACGGUGGUCGACGUCGGUCCUCGGCCGACUCUGACACGGACUCCCUGCUGGACGCUGAACUGCCCAGUUUGCAGGACUCAUCCUGUCUGCUGGUGGUCCCACCACCGCUCAACAAUGUGAUCGUCAGUCAGAACGGUGGCGGAAGUGCAUCGGCCUCUGACCACAGUCACUGCAACGGCGGUGUGCUCCCGGGCCUCAAUAACGGCGCAGGCGGAGCCUCAGUCAACAGCAACAACCACCACAGCAACAACAGCGCACACCGACCAACUAGCCUGCCCAAGCGCCCCAAUGUCCUCACCAAGCAGAACAACAUGGCAGCUGCGGGCUGCACGAGCGCGUCACCUCGAAACCACGACACUGUCGACGAGCGGGCAGAGGCGGCGGCUUAUCUCGCCCAGCCACCCACCGUCAUCACCAGCGACUCCGGUGGAAGGCCAACGUACAUGCCGCUGAGUCGCCAGAACUCCAUACAAAGUCAACAUGGAGGAGGAGGCAGUGCCAGUGUCUUGGCCAGUCGCCACAACUCACUAAGCGGCUCGGGAAUCUCCUAUGCCGAGGCGAGGCACAACUCGCUCCUUGUCAAACCCAGCGGCAAGAAAAUAAGCACUGAAAGUGGCGCAGUGCUUCACGUCAAAGUGGACAACGCUGCUGCCGCUGCGGCAACUCUUGUCUACGGCGAGCGUGCGGUCAAUGUGCCCAAGCUGUGCUGGUAUUUUGAGCCUCCGUGGUGGAGGUGGUGCUUUGAACAUCGCCAGGACUAUGCACUAUUUCUAUUCCCACCGGACAGCAAGGUUCGAAUGUACUGCAACCGGCUGACAGACGGCCGGUGGUUCGACUACACGGUGCUGGUUUUUAUUGCACUAAACUGCAUAACACUAGCCAUGGAGCGGCCAAACAUACCCCCACGCAGCCUCGAGCGGGAGCUGCUCAUAGCUGCAAAUUAUACCUUCACUGUUGUAUUUGCCUUCGAGAUGCUUGUCAAGGUGAUUGCCAAGGGCCUCUGGUACGGGGACAAGGCGUACUUCAAGAGCGGCUGGAACAAGAUGGACGGAGUGCUAGUCACCAUCUCCCUCGUCGACUUCCUCCUCACCUUUGUUGCCGACGGAAGCCCCCGCAUAUUUGGCAUCCUUCGCGUCUUCAGGCUGCUCCGCUCACUCAGACCCCUCAGGGUUAUCAACCGUGCACCAGGACUCAAGCUAGUCGUCCAGACCCUCAUGUCUUCCCUGAGGCCUAUCGGGAACAUUGUCCUUAUCUGCUGCACCUUCUUCAUCAUCUUUGGAAUCCUUGGAGUACAGCUGUUCAAGGGCUCUUUUUACUUCUGCGAAGGGCCGGAUGUGAAAGGCGUACGCACAAAAGAAGACUGCCUGGAGAGGGGCAUGGUCUGGACAAACAGAAAAUACAACUUUGACCAUCUGGGCCAGGCACUCAUGGCCCUGUUUGUCCUGUCCUCAAAAGACGGAUGGGUAAACAUCAUGUAUUCAGGAUUGGAUGCCGUCGGAGAAGGCAUACAGCCCGUCGAGAACUAUAACGAAUGGCGGCUGCUGUACUUCAUCUCGUUCCUUCUCCUGGUUGCCUUCUUUGUGCUGAACAUGUUUGUCGGCGUCGUGGUGGAGAACUUCCACCGCUGCCGCGAGGAACAAGAGCGGGAGGAACGGGCCCAGCGCGCCGCAAAGAGGGCUCGCAAGCUGGAGAAGAAGCGACGACGCAUGCGCGAGACGCCCUACUAUGCGGGCUACUCGCGCCCUCGCCUCUUCACCCACAAUAUUGUCACCAGCAAGUACUUCGACCUCGCCAUUGCCGCCGUCAUCGGACUCAACGUGGUCACCAUGGCCAUGGAGUUCUACCGCAUGCCCCUGGAACUGGAGUAUGCCUUGAAGAUCUUCAACUAUUUUUUCACCGCCGUUUUCCUGCUGGAACUUUCUAUGAAAGUGGUUGCACUUGGCAUCCCUCGGUACCUCACCGACAAGUGGAACCAACUGGACAUUUUGAUCGUCAUCCUGUCCAUCAUGGGGAUUGUCCUGGAGGAGAUGAAGUCAGACCUGAUUCCCAUCAACCCGACCAUAAUACGUGUCAUGCGUGUGCUUCGCAUCGCCCGAGUGCUGAAACUGCUGAAGAUGGCCAAGGGAAUCCGUGCUUUGCUGGAUACCGUGAUGCAAGCGCUUCCGCAGGUCGGAAACCUCGGCCUACUCUUCUUCCUUCUAUUCUUCAUCUUCGCUGCACUAGGCGUUGAGCUCUUUGGCAGGCUCGAGUGCGACGAAAGCCACCCAUGUCAGGGCCUUGGAGAGCACGCCCACUUCCACAACUUUGGAAUGGCCUUCCUCACCUUGUUCAGAGUCGCUACAGGAGACAACUGGAAUGGCAUCAUGAAGGACACGUUGCGCGACGAGUGUGACUCGAGGAGCGACUGCGUGCGCAACUGCUGCGUCUCGGCAGUGAUUGCACCGCUGUACUUUGUGGUGUUUGUGCUGAUGGCACAGUUUGUGCUGGUGAACGUAGUGGUGGCGGUGCUCAUGAAGCACCUGGAAGAGUCGCACAAGCAAGCCGACGACGAGCUGGACAUGGAGGCUGAACUCCAGGAGGAGAUCGAACAGGAGGAGAGGGAGCUCCUCGAGGCCAAGAACAAACUGGCAAUGGAAGCCAAGUUAGAGUUCCACAGGCCCAUUGUCAAGAUGUCAUCAUUGCCAGCCAAUUUCACAUUCUACUUCCAGUGUGAUGAUGCUGGUGGCGAGUCCACAUCAUCAACGCUACCGGUAAUCAACAUCUGCAUUCCAGACCAACCGGACAUUAUGUCCAGAGAAAAGAGCUUUUCAUCAUCAUCAUCCUCAGGAGUCGGACCUGAAGACAUCGAUGUCACCGACGUUGCGCUUGCCUGUGUUGAACCAAUGGCUCCUCCGCCUGACAUCAACCUUCGACGCGCAUCGCCCGACAGCGGAUCAAUCGAAAAAGUGGCCGUUGCAGACUUGCGAUCAUGUGCCCUAGAGCCUGAAAACCUGCAAAUGACCUCGCCUACCAAAGAGGAAGGUCCUUAUGAGGCAGAGGGGACUGCAGAGCCGGGGUCUGUCGACCCCAUCGACUCUGAACAGUUUGCUGCGGAGCCUCCACAAGCAUCGAGGUCCACCUUGACUAGUGGAAGCACAUCGCCUUCCGGGUCCGACGAAGAGUCGGACACGACAAGCACAUCGACAUCCAAGCUUCGCUACCUGCUCCCAAAUUAUCCUGAACUGAGCAAGGCCGUCGACCCCGACUCGAGUGAGUCGACGUCUUGGACGUUUUCAGCCGAGUUUCCGUCAUCCUUGCGAACGACAGUGGGUGCCGACGCAACUGACGAUGAGGACGACGACGCCGACGCCCGAACGCCAACGACCACAGCGACUGCUGCCAGCGACGCGACGACUGUGGCACCUGUUGUUGUUGUCGCCGAGGAGAACAAUGGUGACCUUGUUGGAGUCCAGCCCAGAAGUGACUCCGUGUCGUGACCGUGGCACAGCUUCACCUCUUAGAACCAGUUGUAAUUCUCUUGUGCCGUGUGAAGAGAAGUCCCUGCUACGCCAUCUGCUCGAGUAACAAAGGGAUGUGUCCGAGGAGGCCGCCGCAUGCGGCGGGAUUUCUGCAGGAGGACACCUUCACAGCACACUUACUGUCCCCAGCACAGCGCUCUCAGUACUGUUUAGUUUGUCAACUACGACGCAUGCUCCUCUGUGUGGGUGAAAGUGGGGGCACAUCACUGUCGGGCCAUGCGACAAGCCCGGCUUGCUGCUCCAUGCAAAAACAGAGAAAGACAGACUCUUAAGCCGAGCUCGUGUCCCACUAUCAACAUACUUUGUUUCCAUAGUGUUUUUCCUUCAGAACCGUUUGCUGACCAAGCUGCAUGUGAGAGGCGAAUGAAUGAGCCACGCGUGGUGCCUGCCAAUGUUAACCUCGUUUCUACUGUUUUGUUUGUUUGUUCGUUUGACUGUUGUUUAUUGUGAGCUGUGAUGACAUGGAAAUUUCUGUCCAGAUGAUCGAUAGCAUUUUUUUUUCUCUCCAGUUAUGACCUUUGAGCUCAUAUGUCGUAGUCGCACGUUCGGAGCCCCGCUUGUUUCGUGCCACAAGGUUUUUCUUUUUUUUGCAGCCACUUGACUUGCGUCAAGAUGCAUUUGCUGGAAGGCCCAACUGUCGCAGCAGUUUUCGUACAAGAAACGCCAAAGCGCAAUGUUUCAUUCGCUCGAUUUAGAACUGACCAACACCUCAUUUCUGUCGCAUCAUUGAAGGGUUAACUGUUUCUUAGAAACGAAAUUCAUGUUGCAUCUUACGUUGCAUUGGGUUCAUAACUCUGUUGACAACUCUUGUCGCACUACUCAGCUUCACGUUUUAGGAACUGUUCUAUCAACUGCUAUGUGUUUCAUCUGCUCAAAUAUCAAUGGUACAUAAUAGGCCUUCAGUCGAUCUUGUGGUAAGCUGGACGGUGUCUAGCGCCUUAGAACAAAGCCUGAAGAAAUAUUGUUAGUCAUUCUGGUUUCUGUGCUCCUUUCAGUAGAGGAGAAGCAAAAGGAAAAGUGAACGACGACAUUGUAGAGCCACCAGGAGGAGGAGAAGCAGGUGUGCUUAGAUUAAACCCUGCGUGUUGGAGCCACUCGUAUUUUUUCACAACCCGAGUUGUUGAACCAGCCCACAUGUGCCAUGUUAGUUAAAGUGAGAUACGACUCACUGGGUCAAAAAUAUCUGUUUCUGCCAAUCUAAGGUAAGGCUAGUCCCGAGAAUGGUGCUGACCUUGCCUUUGCAUCGUACUCACCAGCAAUCAUUUAUAAAUAUAUAUAUAUAUAUAUAUAUAUAUAAAUAGUAUCUAUAGUCUUUUUUUUUUAAUAGCGUGGAAUUAACUCGUACUUUAAUGUUUUUAGUGAGAUGCUGAAUUAAGUACAUUAAUCAAGGAUACAAAAACACUAGGCAGUUUUAUAAAUGUUGCCAUUCGUUUGCCCCGGUAGCAAACGGUGCGGUGCGCUCGUGUUGGUAGCCUGCCUGCAACGCAAAUGGUAGAAUGCCCCGUGUACAGUAGACAAGCGGUAUCUUGUUUCAAAUAACCUGCUGACCACGUUUUGAGUACCGCUCAUGAUGCUCGAGCGUUUGGGUUUGACUAAAAUGGCAUGGUUCCACAAACGGCUAGAAAAGCUUUCGUUAGGCCGUGGUUUGCCUAGCAGGAGUCACAUGUAUGUAAAACAGAAUUGCAGCAGCAGCAGCAGGUCUUAAAAAGAUAUCUUUUACAAAACCUCGACACCUCUGUCGAGUGAUGUAGCUCUUUUGAGCGCCGCAGAUCGAAAAAAAGAAAAAAAGCUCUGCUGGCUCCAACGAUGUUGUACAUGAUUUUAACAUGUUGGUGUUUAACGGUGUUCAGUCGUGCACUCAACAAUCGACCGAAUGGUGAGCUCUCUCACAGCACUUAACUUUGCCCGCAGAAUCUCGCCAUCGCUCGGUUCGGCAACUUCUCCAAGGCUCAAAGUCAGGCAUGCAAGUGCAGCUGCGAGACGAAAUGCCGAGUCCCAGAUCACGCGUUCUUGCAAAAGCCCUCAUAACUCGCAAAUUUUCAGUGUUUAUUAUUCUUUUCCUUUCAGCAUAGAAAUGUCUGGGAGUUGUAGUUUGCUUGUAAGUGAAUACAUUUGAUACAGGAAUUUCCAAAAAUCAUUAUCUUCUAACUGGAAAGAAUUCCUGUUAAACAUAUUGGUUCGACAAAAUUCACACUGUGUCAUGUUUGCAUUCGCCGUUCAGAAAAAAAGAAACAGAGUAGGAAAGAAAUGGAUGAAAAUUUCACAAAUGACUGUGCCAAUUUCAUUCUUUCCUUCUUUUCGAAGAACAACAAUUUAGCGAGUUCAGCGACGUCAAACAAGAUUAGCUUAGAAGACCAGCCACCGUCAUAUCUUCAUGAAACCAAGGUGCCAUUCUCUGGGUCCCUCCGUUUCUAGGCUCCAUAGCAGCAUUCUUUCCAACUCCUAACCCAAGUUGGCUGUGUCAUGAUGGAAAAAAAAAAAAGAUACGCUGCACACUUUGUAUAAAUCCGCCUCAUGCGCACCCACAUGCACACACACUGUCCGGAUGCCACACCGACACUUUCGUAAUCUUCACCGUGUAACCGCACACGCAGGCAAGUGAAAGCGACAUCCAGCCACCGACUUAAAACGAGUCAUACGCUAGCUCUUCUUAUCGUGUAAAUUCUGUAAGAAAUAAGAGAGGAACUCUCCCCCGCCUCAUUGGAGCAAAGGUGCAUGUAGAGUCUCUAGAAGUUUGAUAUAAAAUGCUGAGUACGCCACAAAAAAAAGCUGCAAACGCAAAGAAGUCUUUUGAUUGCUGUAAACGAAACAUUGUGAAACCCCCUCCUCUUGCAAAGGCUUAUAUGUGUCUCCGUAGCGAUUAUGGAAAGAGAGAAAGACGCAUCUUCUAGUUCCAUUUGUGCUGUUGUUGUUAUAACAAGCAUUCGCUGCAUCCCACAGUGCUGUGUUGGGUGACUCGAAACGCAGAAGAAGAUAUGCAAGCCAAGGCCACAGAGCGAAGUCGCUUUCUAAAGUGUGGAGGGAUUCCUGGAAAGGACAUCCUUUCUUUUUUGGGGGGAGGGCUGUUGUUGUUGUUGUUUUCCCCUUCUCCUGCUGGGCUCAGCAAAAACCACUUUCGCGCUGUCGUCGCUUGCGUGUUGUUGCCUUCCUCAGUUGUCGCUGCUGCCGCCACCAGACGGCGCCGACGCUACGCUUUUCACCGCAUAUCCUGAAAUCGCAAACGUGUGCGUUUGGGGUUAUCAACCAGGCUUGACCCCUGCAAAGCAUUGCGAAGGAAAGCGGCUUCCUGAAUUUCCGACGCAAACGAAGCGCGCACCACCCCACCUAGCUUUCUUACAAGCAUUCUUUCUUUUCCUCUCCAAGUGUGUGAGUAUGCAUGUCCUGCAAAGAGUACUCAUGAGCAAGGAUUGUUUUACGUGGCAAGUACAAUUACGGUGCUUUCUACGGCACAGUUUGCUUCACUGGCCGACUACAGUACGUUGUUCUAUGUGUAUGUCGACGCGAUUGUAGUCUGUCUCGACACCUCCUCUAUAUGGCACGUUACAAACCGAUCCUUGUGCGAGGUCCAUCUUUGUCAGUUGUUAAAAGUGGUGUAGAAGUGUGGUUUAUGCUUUGUGCUGUAUGAACUGAAUGGUGGGUGCCCACAAAGCACACAGAGAGGCAAAAAAGACCACUGGAGGCACAGAGGUUGUGCGCUCUCAUAAGCCCCUUCCAUGAUGUUUGUGCGUGUCACCUUAAAAUAAUACGUUAGAAAUUUGAGCAAGAAGAGAAAUGGACAUUGAAACACAGCUGAAAUGUUUACUGCAACACCAAAGUACCAUCUGCAUAAAUUGAAACACGAACAAUAAAACAAACUUUUCAGAACUUCAGCUAUUCAUGGUAACAUGGAAGUGCAACAUAGAAUCACUCUGCACACAGUUUGGAAGCAUGGCGUAGCCACAAAUUCACAUUUCGGAGCCACAAUUAAGCCACUGUUAUAAAACACAGCUGAGACCGAAAAAGCAACAAUGUGUGCUAGUUGUUCUUGACUUAUUCGUGUUUGAAUUCGUGCUGACAGUACAUUCUUUCAGGCCUGUGUGCUAAAGCUGGUUAAAGUUCAUAAGUGUGAUCUAGCUCUGUCCAGACUUAAGCCGAGCCUUCUGUUUGUAAAGCAUUGCCUCUUGUUUGCAUAAAUUCUCUGAUGCAUCUUGUUUUCCAUCGUCAAAACAACCCGACCUCUCUAAAUGUGUAAAGACAUGCCUCGGGCCAACGUAGCCUCUCUUUGUCGGCACCAAUGACACAUCUCCUUGGGACCACUCCAUCACUUUUCACGUGUUUCAGUUGGUGUCCUUGGAGAGCUUAAAAACCACAAGCCUCUCAGAACACCACAUAGCCACUUUCUCAGGCUUUGCUAUGUGAUGCUAGAAUUCCCACGUGCCUCACACAAUUUUCAUAGCUCGAACAUGUUUUCUGCCACGAGCUGCCAUGUCUUCAUUGACCUGUCAAGUCACGCAGUGCUGCAUGCAAAGUUCUUUUUUAUUUUCUUUCAGGCCAUCACUAUUUCUACAAACCACUUCAUUGUAAUGUCCCAGCUGUUAAACUGUCUCCAGCUAUGUACUGUUGAGUGUCAAGUUAAUUCUUGCCAGUUCACUAGAGCACCUUACGAAGACGAAGGCAUUGAACUUAAGUGUGGUCGACUCAUGUUCAUUCAAUCUCCUAGGGGCCACAGAUUUCUGUUAGAACUAAUUGAACUUAAUGCACCUUGAAACAAAAUUGCAAGCUACAAUACAAAUAGACAUGCAGCACAAGUUUGUCCCUUGCCAUCGUUACCUUAAAUAGAAACAGAUGUGGAUGUACAGCUGAGUGAUUCCUUAAGGCACACAACAUUUAAUAUUUGGCAUUAGGCUGGAUCGGUGGCGCUCUCCUGUAGUUGCGCCCACCAAUGUACACAACCUGAAUAUCAAGUGCGGGCACAUUACUAUUCAUGCCUUACGAAUGCCUUCCUCUAUUCCGCCGUUUUCAGCAGCAGUGUUGCAUCCCGGGAAUAAAAAAAAUGCACAAAACGAAAUCAUUGUUAGAAUUAAGCAACCUCAAUAUGCAUUAAACACACAAAAGGCCAACCAGUAUUUUGAUAAUCGUUCAAGUUAACCAGUAUUUUAAAUCGUCACUAGAGGGCUGUAAAUAAGUCACAUAAAAGGUACGCUGGUUUCACCUAACAAAGAUGACAUGUAGAUGGAGUUGUUUUUUCUAUAAUUCUGUUUUUUUUUUUUUUCCUGUGGGACAAAGAAUGCUGUGCAAGGAAACAGAGUUGCUGAGUGCAAUGCAGGGUACUUUCCUGCAAGAGACAGUGUGCUGCCACUUUUCAUGCAGCUCACUGCUAUGCAACGCAGGUGUGCGGAUUGUCACGAGUUGUGUGCAUCACACGCGCACCUCCGGGAGUGUUACAGGUGCUGGAAUUGCAUCUUAUAUGUUGCAAUCCACUGUAGCCAGACCUCAACCUCCCUGAAAUCUUGAAAUAACUCUUGUCAGAACUAUUCUGUCACAUCCCCCUGUUGUUUGCAUUUGUUCACUGCCUACCCCCCCAACUGUGAUGUUCAAUAUGUGUGCAGUCUUGCUGCAACUAAAAAUUGUUUAGUGACUCUUGUGUGUCGUCACUUAUAAAAAAGCAGACCUAUCUUGCAAGCACAGCUGCCUAGCAAAAGUUGUAAAUUGAUAGCCGUUGCUUGCUUUUCAUUGUAUUCUUAUGUUUGGUCCUGAGCACUAGUAGAAAAUCGCAAACUUUUCAGGGUUUGCUUCUCCAGCAAGGGUGUAGCGAACGCCGCGGAACCGUCUAGACAUAUUGAACUUUCACUUUGAAACCAGCUGUGACACGACAUCGCCAUUUCUGCAAGAUGUGUUUCAUGAAUGCCUUGUUUGUUGUUUUGAUCUACAUUGGCUUGUUGUAGCCAAGCCCAUUUGUGUAUACAGACAAUGCAUUUUUGUUACGAUACUUGACUCUUUGUGCGACUAGCUAAAUUGUUCAUCAGAUGAACCGUGCACUCGCUAUGUACAACUCGGGGGCUGUAGUCUGAUUUCCAUCUCCGCAGAGACGAUCCUUCAGAAAUGUAUUCCGAUUGGCUUACACAGCAGAGGCAAUAGAGCCCAUUCACAAUGUGUAGCGAAAACUGUAAAUAUGCGUACCACGCUUUUCGUUACCAUCUCUUUGUAAUACAUUCGUUCUGCUCACAAAUGCAUGAAUAUAUUUUCAAUUAAUGCCAAGGAACUACUCAUAGCAGAAUAGAACGAGUUAGGAAAAACAGUUCUAGAAUAACUCUUACAGCUGUAGCUCCUAAACAAAUGUAGUGAGCCUACUUUCUAAUGACAAGACUGAGGUUCGCAGGAGAAUGGAGACGAAGUGAUCAACGGGAUUGAACAAAAAAUGCUGCUGCAGUCAACGUUUCGACAAAGGGGCUUGUUUUGUCAGGGCCCCUGAUAAAGACAAGCCCACUUGUUAAACUAUUGCCUCCAGGAACAUCCCUUGUUUGACUACUCUUGAUUACCUUCUAAUGACAUCUUUCGUUGCAGAAGUUUCUAGCAGACGCUCCCGUAGAAGUUGUGGAAAUAUUGCAUCUGAGGCCCUAGUUCAUUAACAAAUCCCAAAGUUUGUAGGAUGUAUCAGUGCCAUCGACGGCCACUGAGCCAACACUUAUCGUUACGUCUGAACCUGUCUAUCUAAUUCCAGUGCUUAAGCCAAUCAGACCCCUUUCGUUGCCUCCCAAAGGUGGCAAUCAGAAUGCCGUUCCCUGGAAUCUGUACAGAAGCAGCAGCACAGAUUAUCUUCGCAUCACCCUGACCCAAAGUGCGGUAAAACACGUGCUCUAAGUGCAGUUGAAAACAAAACUGCGUUAGCAGGUGACAGAAUGAUUGCAUGGAAUGUUUUGCUUCCACAUUUGCGUUCCAGCAUAUCGAAUCGCUGUGAAAGGUCAUAAGGCAAAGUGCAAUUCUUCUUCUUAACAACAGCCAAAACCCUUCCCCCCUCACCCACCCACCUAAAAAAACAAAUGAGGUCGUCUUCAAUAUUACAAUUUUCAGAGAGUGCACCUGUAACAUAUUCUCUAGUCAGCAUAACUGGGUUUGUGAAAUACAGAGUGCUGUACAGGUAUUCAUAUCUUCACGUACUGUUCCCAGUGCUUUUGCGUUGCUCCACAUAAGUGUUACUCGUCAAGCUUCUCUCAAUACAGAUACUGGAUAGGGUCACCCGCUGUCGACUUGCCUUACUGCCUUUGACCUGUUUGUCACGUGCAUCUUGCAAAGUCAGGACGAUGUUUGCAAGCCCUAUUCCAGAAUUCUCUCAGUGCUCCCUGCUUAUCAGCCAAGAUGUUCAGUUGCACACCGACAGACGACAUGGCUAGGCACGAAAAUUAUUCCACGCAGAUUCCGACCUCCACGAAAACAUGCGAUUGCUAAAGUUGAUAACGGCACCUUCUGUCAAGCUCGUUUCGUGGGAGUUGUGGUGAAGAGAAACUUCAAGCAUGCCAGAAAUAGUUGACAUAAUGCUAUUGUUGGCCUUAACAGUUGGUGGCCGAAUGCGGAAAAUGCGUGUGGCUGAAGGUGUGACUCGCUCUGUGGCCGAAGCGAGUAAGCUGUGAUCCUGUUAAUUCAAAUGAGAAAUGUGUCGCUGGGGGAACAAGCCUUUUUUUUUCUUUUUGUUAUGUCGUUAUUAAAAUAACAAAUUCCACAAGCUCA